AGCAUUUGGUGGAUCAAGUGUUGAACCAAGUGUACAAAGUUGUUUUGAUUAUGCACAAAAUCCUGAUGUAAUAACAGCGGAUGAUUUUCUUGAAUGGGUUAAACUUGAACCACAAUCACUUGUUUGGUUACCUGUAAUGCAUCGCUUAGCAGCAAGUGAAGCUGCAAAACAUGAAGCACGUUGUAAUAUUUGUAAAAUUUAUCCUAUACUUGGUUUUCAAUAUUAUACUGAAACAACAUCAUCAGAAGAUAUUCGAGAUUUUUUUCGUAUAUUUAAAAAUAAAUUGUGGGCUAAACAACGAAAAACACCUAAACUUGGUUAUUUACCAUUGCCACAUGUUUUUGAUAAUACGAUGUCAAGUGUUGAACAACUUAGUUUACCAUCACCAACAUUAGCUUUACCAUUAGCAGCAUCGUUAAAAACCGACAACGAAAACGCACAAACAAUUUCUUACUCGAAUGGAACGAAUGAUGAACAUGGUAUCAUAGCACAACAUUGUAGAAAUUUAAAUAGUGCAACAUAUAAAUCGCCUCGUAUUGCUGCUCAUGAAUUAUUGACACGUUCAACUUCACUUGAUAAUGAUCAACGAAAUGAAUUAGAAGCAAUAAUACGUGAUCUUGAAGAUGAAAAUCGUUUAUUACAAAAUGAAUAUGAACGUCUUUGUCAAGAACAUAUGGAAAAAUCUUUAAUUAUCAAUGAACAACAAGAACAAAUACAAAUAAAUGAUAAUCAAAUGGAAGUUUAUAAUAAUCGUGAAAUUUUACGUGAAGCGAAACAAUUACGACAACAUAAAACAAAAUUAGAACAACGAAUGAUAAUUCUUGAAGAACAUAAUAAACAACUUGAAAAACAAUUAAAACGAUCGAAACAAUUAUUAUUUAAAGAAUCUCCUUCACAUAAUUUACGACGUUCAGUAGAUCGAAAUCUCGAACGACAGACAAAUUUAAUGACGAUUGACAGUCUUUUUCAUAUGGCUGAUGAUAUAAAUCGUGCAGUAGGCGAUCUUGUUUCUGUAAUAACCGAGCCACAAUCUUCAACAUAUCAUCAACAAAUUGUAACAUAA